UACGUCGUGAAGGGGUUGGAGCGUCGGUGAGAUGGGCGACCUCGGCGGCGGCCUCGCCAUCCGCGAGAAGGCGAUCGCGCUCGUCAAGGACGCGGUGGAUAAGGACAAGUCCGCGGAUUAUCCCGCCGCGUUCAAGCUGUACAUGAGCGCCCUGGACCACUUCACCAUCUACCUCAAGUACGAGAAGAACCCGAUGAUGCAGCAGACGGUCAAGGCUAAGUUCAUGGAGUACCUGGAGCGCGCGGAGGAGCUCAAGAAGCUCAUCGACAGCGACGCCGCGACGUCGCGGGCGAACCCGGUGAAUUCCCCGGACAGCGCGUUGCGCGCCAAACCCGGCGGCAAGAACGGCGCGAACGGCAAGGGAGACGACGACGGUGAGAGCGCCAAGAUGAAGUCUCAGCUCGGGGGUGCCAUCGUGACGGAGAAACCAGACGUGAAGUGGGACGACGUCGCGGGCUUGGAGCAGGCCAAGGCGGCGCUGAAGGAGGCGGUGAUCAUGCCGGUCAAGUUCCCUCAGUUCUUCACGGGCAAGCGAAAGGCGUGGAGCGGGUUCCUGCUGUACGGUCCGCCGGGGACGGGCAAGUCGUACCUGGCCAAGGCUGUGGCGACGGAGGCGGAUUCCACUUUUUUCUCAAUCAGCUCGUCGGAUCUGGUGAGCAAGUGGAUGGGCGAGAGCGAGAAGCUGGUGAACAACCUGUUCACGCUGGCGAGGGAACGCGCGCCUUCGAUUAUCUUCAUCGACGAGAUCGACGCCCUCUGCGGCGCGCGCGGCGAGGGUGGCGAGAGCGAGGCGUCCAGGCGCAUCAAGACGGAGAUCCUCGUUCAGAUGCAGGGCGUGGGCGCGAGCGACAGCGGCCGCGUGCUGGUGCUGGCCGCGACGAACACGCCGUACCAGCUGGACCAGGCGGUCCGACGCAGGUUCGACAAGCGCAUCUACAUCCCGCUCCCCGACGACGCCGCCAGGGCUCACAUGUUCAAGGUGCACCUGGGCGACACGCCGCACGAUUUGGUCCAGGCGGAUUUCGACCAGCUGGGCGCGCAGGCGGAGGGGUUCAGCGGGAGCGACAUCGACCACGUCGUCAAGGACGUGCUGUACGAACCCGUGCGUAAGACGCAGGAGGCGACGCACUUCAAGACGGUGCCCCAGCCCGACGGCACCGAGCAUUACGUGCCGUGCUCACCCGGUGAUCCGGCGGCGUGGCCGUGCACGCUCGAGACGCUCGCCGAUAAAGGGUACGCGUCGCAGGUGCACCCGCCGAAGAUCACGAAGAACGAUUUCGUGAAAGUGCUGCUCAAGGCGAGGCCGACGGUGGCGAAGGCGGACCUGGAGGUGCACGAGAGGUUCACGGCGGAGUUUGGCGAGGAGGGGUGACGCGCGAGAGGGGCGGGGAGGGGCGACGAGCUCGGAGGAAAAAAAUAUGUGAUGACGACACUUCUGCUGGGACACCU